GUUUCAUAUGGUUAUUCAUUGAUAAAAUAAGAAAUUGAAAUUAAUGUGGUAUCAAUUAUUUCAAGUAAUCAACGUUUUGCAUCCCUGCACUUGCAUAACCCUGUUUCUGGUUUCUAGCUGCAAUAACAAAAUGCUUCAGCUAUUUAAGACAUUACGUCUGACACAGCCAGCGCGCUUUGCCUCCGCCCUAAGCAAUACAACAGCAGCAACUUUACCAAGCACCGAAGCUACGCCUCCUGCCGCCGUGGGCGAGCCUGAUAAACUUUACAGUAAAUUGGAAAUUGAGCUGCGAGGCAUAGAUCCGGCGGUGCUAAAAAGUUACACCUGGUUUGCUACAACCGCUGCUGAGCAUUUGGGCAUUGAGUUAGGCAAGUGCUGGUCUCCUCGGAAGGCACACCACGAACGCAUGACCCUGCUAAAGUCGGUGCACAUUUACAAGAAGCAUCGCGUCCAAUAUGAGAUACGCACACAUUUUCGCUACAUGAACUUUCACAAGCUGACGGGCUCAACGCUGGACACAUUCUUAGAGUACAUUGAACGCAAUCUGCCCGAAGGCGUGGCACUGCAAGCGUCCAAAACGGAGCUGCAGCAGAUUCCCGAGCACUUGCGACAGCCACCAGAACAGGUUUAGCAUUAGAUUAGAUAUUAAUUCUACUAGUUGUCGGCCUUCCACCUACAUAUUUAACUUUGAUGUUUGAUAAUGCAGCCAAUGAAACGAUUUAACGGCAGCCUUGCGAUUAUUCUUGAAUAGUAAAUAACAAAUAAAGUGCUAUUGUUAAUCGAAAAUAGUAGCCAUUGAUAAGGGUAGACCUGUUAUUGGCUUCAUCCAUUCAGGCCCCACCAGCUUUUUAGCGAUAAGCUUUGGUCUUAAUAUUAAAAUUGCAAUAAAAGAGAAAACAAAAGUAUUUUGUAUACCCUAAA